GUCAACAACAAAGGGAAAAGCAAAAGUAGAAAAAAUGUUGAGAAACUCUCAGCUACCAACUCUCCACUCUGCAACAUGCCUUUGCCUUCUCCCAAAACCGUCCCUCCGAAAUGUCUUUGCCUUUACCCAUGCAAACCCUGCAAUCAAUCGUAAAAAGUUUGCCAGAUUUCCUGUAUGUCCAAUUGCUACCAGAGUUAAACCCGAACCCACAUUAACAACGACAAUUGAUCAGAAAAAGAAAGAAUAUACAGUUACGGCAGUUGUGACAGUUAAAGAUACAGAUCAUGGUUUAUUCAAUCCACUAUAUAACCUUACUGAUAUCUUUAGGAAACCCUUUGGUAUUGAUCUUGCUAGUGCAGAACUUGAUCCUCGUACAGGAAAUGAGAAGGAAACUAUCAAAGGGCAUGCGCGUUUUGCAGGUUAUAAAGCAAGAAAAGAUCCAAAUGAUGACUCUCUUCUAAUUUAUGAGAGCAACUUGGUGGUGCCUUCUGUUCAUUUUGGAUGUAACUCAUGGGUUCAACCGAAGCAUCCCAAGAGAGUUUUCUUCAGCAACAAGUCAUACUUGCCAUCGGAGACACCAAGUGGUUUGAAGAGGCUGAGGGAAGAGGAGCUGGUGGCUCUACGGGGUAAUGGCAAGGGAGAACGCAAGCCACAUGAGAGGAUUUAUGAUUAUGAUGUAUACAACGAUCUUGGUGGAACAGCUCUGGGCGGCAUGGAACACCCAUACCCGAGGCGUUGCAGAACAGGGCGCUAUGACAAAGGCUAUGAUGACCCAAAAAAGGAAGAAAGGGCUAAGGGUGACAUCUAUGUGCCGAGGGAUGAGGCGUUCUCACCUGAGAAGAACGAAUCAUUCUCCAACAAGGAGAGGGUUGAGUUAUUGCACUCAUUGCUGCCUUUAUUUGACGAAAGCAGUCAUGUGGAGAAUAGAUUUCCUUAUUUCACCAGCAUAGACACACUCUAUAAUGAAAGUGCCCGGUUCAAAAGGAAAGCAGCAAAAAUUCUGCCACAGAUACUCGACUUUUUGAAGGACAAAGCAAGUGAUAUUCUUCAAUUUGAUACACCAGAAAUGAUUGACAGAGAUAAAUUUGCUUGGUUCAGGGAUGAGGAAUUCUCUCGACAAACUCUUGCUGGCGUUAAUCCCUCAAGCAUAGAGCUCGUAACGGAAUGGCCAUUAAAAAGCAAACUUGAUCCUAACAUUUACGGCCCUCCUGAAUCAUUGAUCCCGAAAGAAUUAGUUGAAAAGAAGAUUAAAGGCACAAUGACAGUCGAUGAGGCCGUGAAACAGAAGAGGCUGUUUGUCUUGGAUUGCGUUGAUGUGUUCUUACCUUACGUGAACAAAGUAAGGGAGCUUGAAGGAACAACAUUGUAUGGAUCUCGGACACUGUUCUUCUUGAAUAAAAAUGGAACACUGAGGCCAAUUGCCAUUGAACUUGUCCGGCCACCAAAUUCAAUUGACGAUAAGCCGGGAAAGUGGGUUUUCCAUCAUAGCUGGGAUGCCACUGGUUGUUGGAAGUGGAGGCUAGCUAAAGCUCAUGUUGCAGCUCAUGAUUGUAUUAUUCAUGAGAUUCAUCACCAUUGGCUAAGAACUCAUUGUGCCACUGAGCCAUACAUUAUUGCAGCUAAUAGGCAACUAAGCGCAAUGCAUCCAAUCUACAGACUUUUACAUCCACAUUUCCGCUACAACAUGGAAAUUAAUGCUAUAGCACGAAGCAAUCUUAUAAAUGCUGGUGGUGUCAUUGAAUCAUGUUUCGCACCUGGAGAGUAUUCUAUGGAAAUCAGUUCAGUUCUAUAUGACAAACUAUGGCGCUUUGACAUGGAAGGCUUACCUGCUGAUCUUAUUAGAAGGGGUAUGGCAGUUGAGGAUCCUUCAGAAAAGCAUGGCCUUAAGCUAGCAAUUGAAGACUAUCCUUACGCCAAUGAUGGUCUCAUCCUCUGGGAUGCCAUUAAGGAAUGGGUUACUGACUAUGUGAGCUACUACUACCCAGAACCAAGCCUAGUGGAAUCUGAUACUGAGCUCCAAGCUUUUUGGACAGAAGUAAGAACCAGAGGGCAUGAAGACAAGAAGGAUGAACCCUGGUGGCCUGUCCUAAAAACACCACAGGAUUUAAUCAGCAUACUAACAACCAUUAUUUGGAUAGCCUCAGGACACCAUGCCGCAGUCAAUUUUGGUCAGUAUGCAUUUGGUGGUUACUUUCCAAACCGCCCCUCAACAGCUAGAACAAACAUCCUAGAGGAGGAUGCAUCAGAAAAAACUAAAAAGGAAUUCAUCAACACUCCGGAAUUCACCUUGUUAAAAUGUUUUCCAUCCGAACUUCAAGCAAUCACAGUGAUAGCAACUCUGGAUCUUUUAUCUACACAUUCCCCUGAUGAGGAGUAUAUUGGUGGCAAACCUGAGCCAUCUUGGGAAGAAGAUCCUGUGAUCAAGGCUGCUUUCGAACGCUUUCAUGGAAAAAUGAAGGAUCUUGAAGCCUUAAUCGAAAAGAGUAACAAUAAUCCGCAUAUGAGAAACAGAACAGGAGCUGGGGUUGUUCCCUAUACCUUCUUGAAGCCAUUUUCCGAACCUGGGGUCACAAGGAAGGGUGUUCCAAAUAGCAUUUCCAUAUAAUAAUGCCAUGAAUGAUGUGUUUGUAAUGUUUAUAUGUAACUACGUGCAUGCCUAAUUAUGUGGCACGUAUAAUUAGGAACAGAGAAUGCAAUUGGGAAAGUAUGCCUAAAUGCAAGAAAAGAAGAGAAAAUCCUAGAAAAGAAUUACAUGCCAUCAUAUACUAUUCUCACCAUAUGUAACACCUAUUAAUGAGGACGAAUACUUUAAAUGGUUUAUAAAUAAGGGACAUGACCUUUG